GGGGGAGGUUGCCGGGGGAGGGGAGGGAGAGCAAUGGUCAGUCAGUUGCCAGCGAUGCUGUCGGUGAUUCAACUUGUACUUAUCGCAGGUCUAAGUCAUGCUUGGAAGUACUCUCCUACUGACAAGCCUGAAGGGUGGCCAGGAUUAUGUAUUGAUGGCACCAGACAGUCGCCUAUAGACUUAGUCGCAGAAACAGCUGGGCGCUUUGUGGUUGAGCCUCUAGAGUUUUUCAACUUCAAAAGCCUUAAUGGGACCCUAGAAAACAACGGUCAUUCCAUUGCCAUUCAUUUUGAUGAGGACCAUUGUGACUCUGGGGUGACUGGAGGAAUGUUGCGAGGACUUUACGUCCUACAUGAAAUGCACUUCCAUUGGGACUCGGAACACACUGUAAAUGGAGACAGGUUCCCUCUGGAGUUACAUCUCGUCCAUUACAACAGCAAGUACUCAAGUUUCAGCGAGGCAAUACACCAUCAUCCACAAGACGCCCUGGCUGUUGUUGGGGUUUUGUUUGAGGAGUCAGAGAACGGAACAGAGGCCUUGGAUCCAUUUCUGGAAGUAGUGAAAGGAAUAGCUGGCCGAACUGGGUUGAAAGACCGUCUCCCUUCCCACUUCAACCCUUUAGACUUCCUGCCAGAGGUCAGGAGCAGCUUCUACAGGUAUUCUGGGUCACUAACAACCCCACCUUGCGAUGAGAUUGUCACCUGGACCAUCAUGGAGACCAAAGUGCCCGUGUCUAAAGAACAGAUGGAGAUUUUCAAGCUAGUCCACAUUCCUGGACAUGAAAAUGACCCAAUGGACUUCAACUAUCGCAGACUUCAAGACCUCAACAAGCGAGAUGUCUACCUUCUGUCAGACAAUGGAGCUGCUUCUAUAUCCUGUGCACUGAGCCUGAUAGUGUUCUGUCUGCUCAAUACUUGGCUCAGAUGAAGACGUAAACAUGUUGUUAUAAAAACAAUCAAGUAGCAAAUGUCCCAUAUUCUGUAGACAUUCAAAGGUUAAUUACCUACUAUGGGUAUUUCACAUUUGAUGCUCACCAAAGUGUGAACUAUCAACAAUCAGUGUUUGUUUGAUUUCAGAAUAGUUUAUUACCUGAAUAGAAAUAGUUUCCCACCGCAACUUUUGAUUAAACUUUUAUUAUGUUCGCUUGUCUUUAUUUGAUGGAUUAGAUGUUUAUUGAUGUUUAACAAUCAAUAAACAGUUAUGAAUACUCGUCACUGACCUGAGCUUACCUAUAGCUUUUGUUUUAUUUCCUAGUUAAUUAUAAAGAAAUAGUUAGCUAUAAAAAUUGGAGGUGGAAGGAUAUGUUCAAAUCCAAACCAUUGUGCCUUUAAAAUAAACCUCCCUUUCUCUUCUGCUGAUUCAAUACUAAAAAUGUAGGGUUCUGUAACAUCCAUGAAUUAUCUAGACAAACACAGCUGUAGGUAUUUUAACUAACUAAAAGACAAUGUUUCAAUUUAAUAUUUCAACAUUAUAUUGCUCUUCAAUUUUUUUUUUUUUUUUUUUUUUUUUUUUUUUUAAACUAACCAAAGAAAGGUAGUGUAAAAUCUUUAAUGGAUAAAAUUUUGUAAUACAAGAUUAGUUAACUAUCAUUCCAGAUGAAAUGUGCUCUACUUAAUUCAAGCACAGACGGUCAGUUACCGAUUUUUUAGUUUUAACUUUCAGGCUUUUAGGCUUUGGACUUUCAUUGUGAUCUACAUUUUAUAAUUUUAGUUUAAGACGAUUUAUUUAACUUGAUUUAUUCGUGUAAAUAGUUAUUGAUACAAAGGCCAAAUGUACAAAAUAUUUUUAUAAAUUAACUACAGUAAUAGUCACUUGAAUGAGUCAUUAUGAAUGUAAGUGAUUAUUGUUUUAAUGGUUUAUUUGUUAUGAUUCUAUAAUAUUAAAAUGGCUACACAUCACAGUGUAGCCAGCCUAUCAAUAUGUUCAGAGAUGUAAUGAAAUUUCGGACUAUGUUAUACAUGUAUUGUAUAGUUUGAAGAUUAAAGGUAAAAAUCACUUUACAUUAGUUUCACCAUAGUACUAAGUUCUUUCUCAACCGUACUGAAAUAUAAAUUGUCUAGUCAAUAGAACAAGAAGCACGAUAGCUGUUUUAGUCUAAUAUUCCUGUAUUUAUAAAAUUGAAUAGUUUUUAAUAAUUAAUAAAUAUUUCAAAGACUUG